GUGGGUUUUGCAUUCGGUUGUUGGGUGCCGACCUUGAACCGAACACGCAGCGGAGAACCGACAAAGUUGGCCCGAAUCGGCCCACCUAGUACGGUAUAAGAUUUCCAACUCCGCUCAGCCGUCUUGGCCAUCGUGAGCUGACAUUCAUGCUGGUUACUCUCGCAGUACCUCAUGGGAACCGAAUAAGUGAAAUUAAAAUCGCCCAGUGUAUGCGAAAUAUCACACAUAGAAGUGUUGUCGCCUGUGGAUGGCCCGGCACUCUGGGUGGGCCGAACUUGGCUGCUGCAAAACGCCAAAGUGGUUUACAUGGAGACCUCAGAUCGUCAUGUUCCAUUCCAAGGUUGUCUUUGAGGGGUACCGUUAUUCGGGCCCACGGAGCCAGGAGCAUCGUAUGAUAGAUAUGCCAUGGCACUCCAUUUCCCCAUGGAGCCCCCUCAUCUCCAACAAGAUGGUCCACAAUAUGCCGGAAGACUAAUACCCACGCUGAGGCAAGCUCCUAGCUUCCAAGGUUCCCAGCUUCACCGUUUCUCCAGGCACAUUAGCCACACAGGUUGAAAUCCCAGCGGCUAAUAAAAGAAACCCCAAAACCUGUCCAAAAUGAAGGCUCUCGUCUACGACGGCAACGGCGCAAUCUCCCUGCAGGACAGGCCCAUCCCGACGAUCACGGGCCCCUCAGACGCCAUCGUCAAGAUCCUCAAGACGACCAUCUGCGGCACGGACCUGCACAUCCGCAAGGGCGACGUGCCGACGUGCGCGCCGGGCCGCAUCCUGGGCCACGAGGGCGUGGGCGUGGUGCACGAGGCGGGCGCGUCGGUGCGGCGCUACCGGAAGGGCGACCGGGUGCUCAUCUCGGCCAUCUCGAGCUGCGCGACGUGCGAGUACUGCCGCCGCGGCAUGUACAGCCACUGCACGACGGGGGGCUGGAUCCUGGGCAACAAGGUCGACGGCACCCAGGCCGAGUACGUGCGCGUGCCGCACGCCGAGUCGAGCCUGCACCCGCUGCCCGAGGGCGCCGACGAGGCCGCCUCCGUCAUGCUCAGCGACAUCUUCCCCACGGGCCUCGAGUGCGGCGUCCUCUGCGGCAAGGUGCAGCCGGGCGCGACCGUCGCCGUCGUGGGCGCGGGCCCCAUCGGCCUGGCGGCCAUCAUCACGGCGCAGAUGUACUCGCCGUCCCGGAUCAUCGCCGUUGACACCGAUCCCAACAGGCUCGAGGUGGCCAGGAAGUUUGGCGCCACCGAUGUGGUCAUCAGCGGGAAGGAUACCAUUGCGAGCAUCAGGGCGCAGACGGAGGGCAAGGGGUGCGAUACCGUCAUCGAGGCCGUUGGCAUCCCGGCUACCUUUGCCCUAUGCCAGGACUUGUUGGCGCCGGGUGGCGUGCUCGCCAACGUUGGCGUCCACGGGGCCAAGGUGGACCUGCACCUGCAGAACCUCUGGGACAAGAACAUUUCCAUCACGACCAGGCUCGUCGACACGACGACCACGCCCAUGCUACUGAAGCUUGUCCAGGCAGGUAAACUGCAGCCGGCACAGCUGAUCACCCACCACUUUAAGCUCAGCGAGAUGGAGAAGGCUUAUGAGACAUUUGGUGACGCAGCCAAGCACGGCGCCCUGAAGGUUGUGAUUGAUGUUGACUGAGGCGCAAUAUGGACCAGUGCUUCUUGAUUGCAGAGCCUGUAUCAUGAGGUGCUCUCUUCUCAGAGUUCCCAGAUUGUAAUGAUUUUAGAAGGGGAGAAAUGCAAUGGAACGAGUGGGGUUUGCCUAACAGGAUCAGAUACUCCAAAUAUUCCAAGAUCUUUGGACAAUUGAUAUUCCUCAACAC